CUGCGUGCACUCGUCAUGAGCCUGAAAAGUCACUUUCUUCUGCUUCUUUCGAUACUUUUUGCAUCCGUGUGCCGCCAUCAGCGCGACUUUGCGCACAUGUGCAGUACUGUACGAGGCGCAGGACGUGACGUCACAGGGGAUUACAGCUUUGACAAAGUCUCCUCGCCAACGUCACACCACUCCAACAUGACGGCCCUGCCCUCCGUCGCCAUGGAGACCAACAACAACACGGCGCAGGUGAGUCCACCCGGAGGCCUCUCGGAGAACGACAGCGGCGUGGAGCUCACCAACGACCACAGCCCGCUGACUCCCGCCGAGCCGCCGUCGCCCUUCAGCCCCGCCCCCUCCCCGCCAGGUAAUGGCCAGGUGUGCUUGGAAGGAGGCGGAGUCAGGAGCAGGAAGGAGGAGGAGUCCCACAGCAAAGACAAGUCCCGGCUGGCGUUGAGACAGAGGCCACGCCCCCGAAGCAUCUUCCAGGCCGGCCUGACGCCGCACGCCAAGCGCCGCAGAGUCAUGCGUAAACACGAGCGUGUCGCCGCCAACCUGUGUGGGCGACCUUCCCAGGUGGUCUGGUCUGGCCAGGUCCCAGAUCCGGCCCAGCUGGACCUGCUGGAACACGACUCCAAGGACUCGGCCCAGAGCGGCUGCAGCGGGUCCAGCUGUGAGCCGCACAGCGAGUACAACGACAACAAGGGCUUCAAGAUGGGCCAGCUGGUGUGGGGGAAGAUCAAGGGCUUCUCCUGGUGGCCAGGCAUGGUGGUGACGUGGCGCGCCGCCGGCAAGCGCCAGGCCGGCCCCGGCAUGCGGUGGCUGCAGUGGUUCGGAGACGGGAAGUUCUCCGAGGUCUCUGCGGACAAGCUGGACUCCAUCACGGCGUUCUCCAAGUUCUUCAGCCAGGCGUCCUACACCAAGCUGGCGUCAUACCGCAGGGCCAUCUUCCAGGCUCUGGAGAUGGCCAGCAUCAGGGCAGAGAAAACCUUCCCCCCCUGCGAGUCGGACAAUCCCGACGACCAGGUCCAACCCAUGCUGGACUGGGCACACGGCGGCUUCCUGCCUAAAGGCCAAGAGGGACUCAAACCCACGCACAGUGCAGACAGCAGCCCCUUAGGCCUGCAAGUCCUGGACGUGUCCCUGCCAGAUUACCUCCCCAGCGCCAAGCGUCCCAGGAUCAGUGUGUGCAAGACCAAGGACGCCCCGGAGGAGUCCUACAGCAGAGAACAAAUGGUCAAUGAAGUGCUGAGAAACAAAAGAAGUAUUGAAGAGUUCUGCCUCUCCUGUGGCAAGAUGAGGGCAGCAACCUUCCAUCCACUCUUUGAAGGAGGCCUGUGUCAAACAUGCAAGGACGUGUACCUGGAGACAUCCUACAUGUACGAUGACGACGGCUACCAGUCCUACUGCACCGUCUGCUGCGGGGGGCGAGAGGUUCUGCUGUGCGGCAACGCCAACUGCUGCAGGUGUUUCUGCGUGGACUGUCUGGAUCUCCUGGUGGACCCGGGAGCUUCCAACAACGCCCGCUUCCUGGACCCGUGGCGAUGCUACAUGUGCCAGCCGCCGCUGCAGUACGGCGUCCUCAGACGGCGGCACGACUGGAGCGUCAAACUGCAGGAGUUCUUUGGGAACGACAAAGGCCAAGAGUUUGAGACACCAAAGAUUUACCCAGCAGUCCCUGCAGAGCAGAGGCGGCCAGUCAGAGUCCUCUCCCUGUUCGACGGCAUCGCCACAGGCUACCUGGUCCUUAGAGAUCUGGGCUUCAAGGUGGACCUGUACGUGGCGUCUGAGGUGUGCGAGGACUCCAUCUCUGUCGGUGUUGUCCGACAUGAAGGAAAGAUCCAUUACGUCCACGAUGUCCGAAACAUCACCAAGAAAAACAUUCUUGAAUGGGGUCCAUUUGACCUCGUCAUCGGGGGCAGUCCGUGCAAUGACUUGUCUAUUGUCAACCCAGCAAGAAAGGGUCUCUUUGAAGGGACAGGGAGGUUGUUCUUUGAGUUCUACCGUCUGCUGAGCGAGGCCAAGCCCAAAGAGGGAGAGAACCGACCAUUCUUCUGGAUGUUCGAGAACGUGGUCGCCAUGGGUGUCAACGACAAGAGGGACAUCUCACGAUUCCUGGAGUGUAACCCUGUGAUGAUUGACGCUAUCGAGGUCUCUGCUGCCCACCGUGCUCGAUACUUUUGGGGGAACCUGCCAGGCAUGAACAGACCUCUGUGUGCGUCCGGGAUGGACAAACUGGUGCUGCAGGACUGUCUGGAACAUGGGCGAGUGGCAAAGUUUGGAAAAGUGCGCACCAUCACCACACGCUCAAACUCCAUCAAACAAGGAAAGGACCAGCACUUCCCUGUUCUGAUGAACGGCAAGGAGGACAUCUUGUGGUGCACGGAGCUGGAGAGGAUCUUCGGCUUCCCGGUCCACUACACAGACGUUUCCAACAUGGGUCGAGGUGCUCGGCAGAAACUCCUGGGCCGGUCCUGGAGCGUUCCUGUCAUACGGCAUCUUUUUGCCCCUCUCAAAGACUUCUUUGCCUGCGAAUAGACACCACCCAGCACAUAGACAUGCACCUCCAAUUGACAGAAAAUAGAAACCCCUUGAUAGCCGCCAAUUAUUACAGCUCUUCACCAGUAAAUAGGCACAACAUGAAGCACCACCCAACCCUAGAAAACAGACGCCGUCUGUAAGAAGAGACACCACCCAUCCCCAGUAAAUAGACUCCUUAUGAUAGAAAGUGUCUUAUUGUUACCAUUAAUCACCAGCAAAUAAAAGCCAUCUGCCACCAGAAAAUAAACACCACCCAACGAUAGAAAACAGACCAUGUUAAGUGAUACUACCUGUGACCAGAAAAUAGACGCUACCCAUCCCCAGUAAAUAGACUCCUUACGAUAGAUAGUGUUUUAUUGUCACCAUUAAUCACCAGCAAAAAGAUGCCAACCAUCACCGGAAAAUAAACACCAGCCAAACCUAGAAACCUGACCGUGAUAAAUGAUGCAACCUGUUACCAGGAAAUAGACGCCACCCUUCAUCAGUAAACAAAUUCCUACCGAUAGCGUUUAAUUGCUACCAUUAAUCACCAGAAAAUAGAUGCCAUCCAUCACCGGAAAACCUAGAAACCUGAUGGUGAUAAGUGACACUACCUGUUACCAGGAAAUAGACGCCACCCUUGAUCAGUAAAUAAACGCCGACCGAUAGCGUCUAACUGUUACCAUUAAUCAGCAGCAAAUAGAAGCCAUCUGCCACCAGAAAACAAACACCACCCAACGAUAGAAAACAGACCAUGUUAAGUGAUACUACCUGUGACCAGAAACUAGAUGCCACCCAUCACCAGUUAAUAAACACCAACGGACCAUCGUAAACAGACUGUGAUAAGUGAUAUCAAUAAACGCCUACAGAUAGCGUCCAAUUGUUACCAGUAUUCACCAGCAAAUAGACUUUAUCAACCACCCAAAAAUGUAAACACUACCCAACCCUAGAAAAAUAGUUGCCACCUGUCACCAGACAGUUGACACGACUAAUCACCAGCGACUAGACCCCACAUGUGACUAGUAAAUAACCUACUAGAAAAUACUGUCAUUACCAGGAAGUAUACACCACCUUUUCCUUGUUUUGUUCCAUUGUUUCUUUCAUCGUGAGCCACCUAGCGUGGAUCAUUGCUGGUAAAGACCAAAGUUUACUUUGGCGUUUGAGUCCAAACUGGCCUCAGACGUUGUAGAGUUGAUGAUGACGACCUGGCGUGGAUGAUGAUUACCUCGUGUGACUCAUCAUGGAUAUUAGUAGUAAAAGCAUAAAAGGACAGCGGGGACUUUUUCCAAGACUAGGAACCGGAGGCUAGUGCUAUUGCUAAAAGUGUCAUAGAGUUUAGUACGCUUUUGUUAUUAUUAGCAAUAUAGAGAAAUGCAAUGUGUUUGAUCAUCUGUCAAAAAGCUACAUUACGUGCAAAUACUUGAACUACAGCCAAAGAAAAAACAGUCCGCACUUGCCUUCUUUUCUGCAGGUGUGUUUUGUGAUUACGUAUGGCAACAAACAGUUUACAAUCGUGGCUGAAAAGAAGUUAUUUUGUUGAGUGUUGCAGAUAAAGACACAAAUGGUGGGAAACACUGCAAGAAAAGGCCGUUUGUAUUUGUGUAAACAAGCACUGAUUGGUUUUGACUAACCUUCAUGUCAACUUUUUCUUUUUUUGAAACAUUCUCGCAGCUACCUGCGGUUCUUUCCGAUGUUUGGACGAGUGAAAGGUUGUUUUGUUUGUGUGUGCACGAGGCGGAACAUUACCUCCAAGCAAGGUGUGCAGCGCUACUAUGUGGUGACACUGGAUACAGCUGCUUUGUGUUUGAAGUCAGCCGAUUCUUUCUGACUUGGUUCAACGUUCAAGUCAUCUCUGCUGCUUUUCAAUCUGCCAGCAGGAAGGUGACAACUUUCUCCAAAGGACCAAAAUCUGUUUACAUGUUUCAUUCAUGCAAAAAGUUUGUAUUUUUUGUACUUUGUUUUGUUUUGAUACUAUCUAUAUGUUGUUGUCCUUUUUUAGUCAGUACUUGUAAUCCACAGUGUCUUGUAGGUUUAGCUGUUUGUUUGUUUUUUCAGUUUAGGAUUUGAUUUUCAUGUUUCCUUUUAAAUUUGCAGAAUUUUAUCGCAACGUUUUUUUACUACCUUUUUGGUCAUUCCUUGGAACUUUAAGUGUAAAAGCACUGUGUGUAUUUUGAUAACUUUUUCUAGGAUUUGUACGCAUUAAAAGGCAACUUAGCU